ACUGUACAACUCUAAUUCUAAUAGAAUUAAAACUGUCUAUAAAAUGGGUAAAAGAGCUGCCGGGUUCGUAAUAUUUAGAAGAUUACGAGAUGAAGUUGAGUAUUUACUACUCAAAGCAUCGUAUGGUGAUUUUCACUGGAGUUCCCCGAAGGGACACGUAGAUCCAGGCGAAGAUGACUAUGCAACGGCUGUCAGAGAAACUCAAGAGGAAGCUGGAUAUUCCGAAGACGACCUUAUUAUUUACAAGGACAAUCCAAUAACUUUGAACUAUGAAGUAAGAGGGAAACCAAAAUCAGUAAUUUAUUGGUUAGCUGAAUUAAAAGAUGUAUCCAAAGAACCUGUACUUUCAGAAGAACACACAGAACUGAAAUGGUUGAAUAAAGAAGCCGCUAAAGAAAUUGUGGGUUAUAAGGACAAUCAACAAAUGAUUGAAAAAUUUCAUGAAACUAUUUUAAAACUAAAUAAUAAAUCAAACUGAGUAGACAAUCUAAUGAAAUAGUAUUUAAUUCCUAGAUAGCAAUUUAUAUUCCACCGAUUUGUAGUUUUGAAGUUUGUGGUUUUGUUGGAGUAUGAAACAAUUUAAAAACAAGUAAAAAAGCUUCAAUUUGGAAGAAACAUGCAAA